UUCUCGUAAUUGAUAUGAUACCGCAUACAGCAUGGUCAUCGGUCUGCACGAAGUUAGUUAAGUGCCCGCACGCAGAUCAAACUCUAGCCAAUAAAAUCCUUUCACUGUCCGACUAAAAUCCCAGAACUGAAACCUAUCUAGCUUUGAUUUCUGUCAACUGAAAGCCUAUUACUAUCUGCUUUCGGUUCCCUCUCUCUCUCUGAGGUGAAGGUCUAGGGUUUUUGGACAUGGAGAGCUCAGAUCAGGAGAAGGCGGUUGCUGUGAUUAUGGUUGGUGGACCCACCAAAGGGACUAGAUUUAGGCCUCUCUCAUUCAAUACUCCAAAACCUUUGUUCCCUUUAGCAGGGCAGCCUAUGGUUCAUCACCCUAUUUCUGCUUGUAAAAGGUUACCCAACUUGGCUCAUAUUUUUCUGAUUGGAUUUUAUGAGGAGAGGGAGUUUGCAUUAUACGUCUCUUCAAUCUCUAGUGAGUUGAAAGUACCAGUGAGGUACUUGAAAGAGGAUAAACCCCAUGGUUCAGCUGGUGGCCUUUAUUACUUCAGAAAUAUAAUCAUGGAAGACAACCCGUCACAUGUAUUCCUGCUAAAUUGUGAUGUUUGUUGCAGUUUUCCAUUGACAGAAAUGCUUGAGGCUCACAAAAGAUAUGGUGGGAUGGGAACAGUAUUAGUAAUCAAGGUUUCUGCUGAAUCAGCUAACCAGUUUGGCGAGUUGGUUGCUGACACAAUCACCAAUGAGCUACUGCAUUACACUGAGAAACCUGAGACUUUUGUAAGUGAUUUAAUUAACUGUGGAGUUUACAUCUUUACCCCUGAUGUCUUUACUGCCAUUCAGGAAGUCUCCACACACCGGGAAGGCCAAGCUAAUAUACGCCAUUUGUCCAGCUUUGAAACCUUACAAUCUCCAACAAGUAGGGCCCUUCCCGUAGAUUUUAUUAGAUUGGAUCAAGAUAUUUUGUCCCCUUUUGCUGGAAAGAAGCAGUUGUAUACAUAUGAGACCAUGGAUUUCUGGGAACAGAUCAAGACUCCAGGGAUGUCAGUAAAAUGUUCUGGUCUUUAUCUUGCUCAAUUCCGCUUGACCUCCCCACACCUGUUGGCUGCUGGAGAUGGAACUAAAAGUGCUACAAUUGUUGGUGAUGUGUAUGUGCAUCCUUCAGCCAAAGUACAUCCAACCGCAAAGAUUGGUCCCAGUGUCUCUAUUUCAGCAAAUGUUCGUGUAGGAGCAGGGGUAAGGCUCAUAAGUUGUAUCAUCUUGGAUGAUGUUGAAGUUCAGGAAAAUGCAGUUGUUAUUAAUUCUAUUGUUGGAUGGAAGUCAUCUAUCGGGAAAUGGUCCCGUGUCCAGGCUGAUGGGGACUACAAUGCAAAGCUUGGAAUUACCAUCCUUGGAGAAGCUGUUACUGUUGAAGAUGAAGUUGUGGUGAUCAAUAGUAUUGUUCUUCCGAAUAAGACCCUUAACUUGAGUGUGCAGGACGAGAUCAUUUUAUGACAGUUGAAAGAUGAGCGGUCCUGAUUUUUGCCAUUGGAAAAAGAAAAGGCACCAAAACUAUUGCUGAUAGUGACACCAUAAUCAAAGGUAGAGGUACAGCUGCGGAAAAGUUUUUCCACCAAAAGGUUGUGAUAUGGGAUAAAAGUCUAAUUAUUGUAGAUUGAAAAUUUUGGAAGUCAGAAUGCAAAAUCUUGAACAAGGAGAUAGGCCAUUUGAUUGCUUUGAUCCUACAGGUUGCUGCUUUUAUUUAUGCAUAUGAUUUGUGUUGUUGUUUCCAAGUUGUAUUUAUGACCCUUGUUAGUUUG